UGCCGCCUGCUCACCGACCGCGCGGCCUAUGGAGAGGCUCAGGCCGUGCUGUUCCACCACCGCGACCUCGUGAAGGGAUCCCCCGACUGGCCCCCGCCCUGGGGCGUCCGGAUGCGCACAGCGGAGGAGCUGGAGCUGCGCGUGUUGGACGACGAGGAGGAAGCGGCGGCGGCGGCGGCAGAAGAAGCCCUGGCGACCUCGGGCCCCAGACCCCCGGGCCAGCGCUGGGUGUGGAUGAACUUCGAGUCGCCCUCCCACUCCCCGGGGCUGCAAAGCCUGGCAGGUAACCUCUUCAACUGGACGCUUUCCUACCGGGCCGACUCGGACAUCUUCGUGCCUUAUGGCUACCUCUAUCCCAGGAGCCACCCCAGCGACCAGCCGCCAGGCCUGGUCCCACCGCUGUCCCGGAAACGGGGGCUGGUGGCCUGGGUGGUGAGCCACUGGAACGAGCGCCAGGCCCGGGUCCACUACUACCACCAGCUGAGCCAGUACGUGCCCGUGGAUGUGUUUGGCCGGGGCGGGCCAGGGCGGCCUGUGCCCGACAGCGGGCUCCUGCACACAGUGGCCCGCUACAAGUUCUACCUGGCUUUCGAGAACUCGCAGCACCUGGAUUAUAUCACAGAGAAGCUCUGGCGCAACGCGUUGCUGGCUGGGGCGGUGCCGGUGGUGCUGGGCCCAGAGCGUGCCAACUACGAGCGCUUCGUGCCCCGUGGCGCCUUCAUUCACGUGGACGACUUCCCUAGUGCCUACGCCCUGGCCGCCUACCUGCUCUUCCUCGACCGCCACCCCACCGCCUACCGCCGCUACUUCAACUGGCGCCGGAGCUAUGCCGUGCACAUCACUUCUUUCUGGGACGAACCUUGGUGCCGGGCCUGCCAGGCUGUGCAGAUGGCUGGGGACCGGCCCAAGAGCAUACGUAACUUGGCCCGCUGGUUCGAGCGGUAAAGCCAUCCUCUCUAGAUAGGACCCAGGCAGGCCAAGUUGUCAGCCUUUUGCUCUUCUACUGUGCAUCUCCUUGACUGCUGAAUCACGGGAUUAGGUUCUCAAAAUACCCGUUUUUGCUCUAUGGGAAAAAGGUGAUUUACCAAUUAAUAAUACUCAGCGCAAAGACGGGGUGGGUAGGAUCCCGGGUCCUAGUGUUCUUUACACAGUUAGCAGUUGGGCUCCCUCAGCUGUUGAUGGGCAUCAGCGUUCAGGGGUGAAGAAGGGGGCCCUCCUAAACCUUAUAACCGGUGUAGAGGUGAAGGAAUAGAUUAGCUACAAGAAGCCGUUUCUCUAAAUUUUCUCGUCUGCCACAGGCCAGAUUUGUGACCUGUGCAGCCUCCAUGUUUCAUGCACACUGCUCCCCGACUCCCACUGCUCUGGACCAAGGUGAAGCAAAGCGCUGGUUUUAGGAAGAGGCUUGUCGCGGGACAGUGGGAGGACUGUGGUCACAAGUGCAUCU